GUGACGAAGGAAGGAGAGAACAAUAAAAGAUGGUUUAUGUUCAACUAAAGUGGGAAAAGUUAGCUUGAGUUCUCUGCUUAUACCAAUAAGCUAAGCGAAAGCCGUUUGUCGCAGAGUAUCUGAAAAUGGUGAAGGAUCUGAAUGAUGAGCAGACAGCUUCAAUGCGUGAGGCGUUCAGCCUGUUCGAUACCGAUCGGGAUGGCUGCAUCACUGUAGCCGAGUUGGGCACCGUAAUGCGUUCUCUAGGCGAAAAUCCAACCCAGGCGGAUCUUCAGGAUAUAAUUAAACGUGAACAGAUUGGCAGCACCAUCGAUUUCCCUCGUUUUGUAGAUGUGAUGCGACGCAACAUGAAGGGGGGCAACUUUCACACGCAGCUUAGAGACGCUUUUAAGGUGCUUGACAAAGAUGGCACAGGGAUGCUUUCUGUCACCGAACUCCGUCAUAUCCUCACCAGCGUUGGAGAGAAGCUCGAGCCCUCUGAAUUUGAUGAAUGGAUACGGGAGAUUAAGGUCGAUUCUGAAGGUAAUAUAUCUUAUGAGGAAUUUAUCGAUAGGAUGAUGGCCAAGUGAUUUUAGGGUUUUCUGGGUUUGUGUGGUAAGCAUAUUUUUUGGAAGAUUUAUAGCAAUGACUAUAUAAAACGAGAGGUUUAAGGAAAUUACGUUAUAUUGAUGUGAAAUUCUGUUAUAUUUCAACCCAAAUCAAAAUCGUUUCAAUUUAAUGA